UAUAGCGACGCAUCUGCGAAUCUGGAGAAAGGAAAUACUACGCUUAGGUGUGUAUUAUUAUGUAUAAGUCGUGGGCUAAAGAGAAGUCCAGACAUUCGUGCUACGCUACUUGUCGUGAUGAAGUUCAUUUUACGUUUAUUUUUACUUAGCAGUGUUGUUUAUUGUCAAAAAGCAACAUUCAUUGAGUUACCAGCUCUGGACGCAGGAUACCAUGUCCACGUUGGAGAACAAUUUAUCUCGGAAAUGGAAUGCAUCAAAAAAUUGGACGGUGUUUUAAAGGCUAGAUGGACGGAGGAUUUGGUUCAAGUCCCAACAGAAUAUCUGGGCAAUCUUCCUACCAUUCCAUGGGAAGAUAAAGAAUCAAUUUACACAAGGUACAACACGUUAGAAGACGAAUGGCUAAUAGAGGGAGGUUCGCCAGAAAAGAAGAUAAGUCAAUGCAUUAAAAAAAUUGUGUCCGACGUGCGCGUUCCUUUGACGAAUCAAGGUGAGCUCGAUUGUGUCGCAAAAUUGAUUUCCACCCAUACCAUAGACGAGACUUAUCAUCAACGGAAUUUUGAAGAUCUAGUGAACACUUCGUCCGCAGAACAACUGCCGUUUCGUAAGUUUAUUAGUUUCCCCGAGAUCGUCGACCUUAUUUUUCAAAACAGACAACCCAGCUCUUGGACUAACUUGGAAAGACUUCUAUAUGCGCAUACAAUGGGUUACGUGCUUACGGACGCAGAUAGAAAUCGUCGAAACUACUUUACGACUCAGAAUUGCGAUUGGGUGAAUCUAAAAGCCCUACGAGAGGCGCCGAGUGAAGUGUCAAAGCUAAACGAGUUUUCGUCACAAGUGCGUCAUGCGGUUAACAAGCAACUGGCCGGAAAGUUGGUAAAAAAUUGGAACUUGAAUGAGAUUUUAUCAACAGACAGAUACGAACUCUGGACGAAAACCCGCCAAAACAUGACGAUGAUGCUUGAGAGGGAAGUCGAAAGGCUUCGCAAUGAAAAACGUGAUCCUCAAUGGUUAUGCGAGUACGCCACGGAACUGGCGACAUACUUCACGGAGAUGCAAUCGAAUAUUUUAUUAACCGAAGAACUGCAACCGAUACGUUUGGAAUCGUCAGACCUUGCCUCAAGAUCCAGAAGAAUCGAGGAGGCUUUGUCAGGGCUGAAUAAUACGCGACAUUCUUUGAUAAGGAAUCGAGUGAAGAAUAUUGCCGACGAACAGGAAAAUGGGACAAGAUGUUUAUCUGCGUUUCUUCGUUUGGUACAAAAUCAUAGAAGAUAUCAGCUUGCUUCAGCAUUUAUAGAUGAAGCGUACGUGUAUCCGGAGAUAUUUUGUAAAAGCGGCAUCAAAAAUCCAGGUCUGAUUCAAUUCACCUUCUGCAAUUGUGUUGGAACUUUUUGUGUUUCGCAUUCCUUGGCUGCCCUCUUUGCAGAAGAAUAUGUUCUUGUAAAAGGAUCAGAUGGCAUCUAUAAAGUUGUUAGGAGCGGAAUUAAAAGUCAACGGAAGGUUACACAUUGCCAUACUUUGGGUAAUUCUAACAGGAAUUAAAAGCUAAAUUUUACGGACUACAAGUUUAAUUCUAUUCUUCGAUACAUGAUCCCGAACUCUUAAAUUGAAAUAUCGACCAAUCAGUUGCAGUUUAUUUUUGAAAUCUCAUCUAGUCAAUUUAAUUAAUAAUG